AAACGGUCCUCAUUAAGCUACCGUUUGGACUUUCCCUCAAGUCCUUCAAGUCUGCUUUCAGUCUCUCUAUCAGCACCACUGACUGAUUUAGGAACAGCAGCAGCGGCAGCAGCUCUUCAUUCACUCUCCCCUCUCAGGACCGCUUUACCGUGGUGCGCCCCAGACGCGCGCUCUCCUCACUUCAGGAUGGACUCGUCUCCUUCUCUUCACCUUUACCACUGACUGUGACGCUGCCGUAGUUCAGUGGGAGUUCCCGGGGGAGGGGGCAGGAACUGUUCUUCUGUCCGCUGUUUCGCCUUUCCCCUGCUGGGUUGUGUAUUGUUUUGAUUGAACUGCCAGCGUACGCUCCAUCUCCGGGCUGCAGUUCCGAGAUGGGGAUGUAUCUGCAUCUGCUGCUUUUGCAGUACUAUUUCGUCUCGAGUUUUGUGUGCAACGCCAUCGCGUUCGUGGAGGAGCCCUUCGGAGGGAGGUCGGACGGGUACUGCGGGCGGAUCCUCCGGGCGCAGACCCACGGGACCCGGAGGGAUGGGCACCAUGAGUUCAGGCUCAGAGUGGAGGGAGACCCGGAUACCUACCGGCCUGGCAGCACUUACAGAGUGGUCCUCCUGGCAACCAGCCCUGCUUAUUUCAGAGGUUUCACUCUCAUCGCACUUAAAGAGGGCAGAGAGGGCACCACAGAUGACGACUACACCGGCCAGUUCCAGAUCAUUGAUGAAGACGAGACACAGUUCAUGACCAACUGUCCUCCCGCGGUGACAGAGAGCACGCCUCGCAGACGCACCAGGAUACAGGUCUUAUGGACAGCACCACCCAGUGGGACUGGCUGUGUUAUACUUAAGGCGAGUAUUGUCCAGAAGAGAGUCAUCUAUUUCCAGGAUGAAGGCUCUCUCACCGUGCAACUGUGCGAGAAAGAGGGUGAAGCUACGCAAGCUCCUGCCAUUGAGUGCUGUGCCUGUGGAACCGCCAAGUACAGACUCACCUUUUAUGGAAACUGGUCGGAGAAAGUACAUCCUAAAGAUUAUCCAAGACGUGCCAACCACUGGUCAGCUCUGAUUGGUGCGUCCCACUCCAGAAGUUAUGUGCUGUGGGAGUACGGAGGCUAUGCCAGUGAGGGAGUCCGUCAAGUGGCUGAGUUUGGCUCCCCCAUCAAGAUGGAAGAAGAGAUUCGACAGAAGGGAGAUGAAGUACUGACCGUCAUUAAAACGAAGGCUCAGUGGCCUGCGUGGCAGCCUCUCAACCUGCGAGCAGCUCCCUCAGCAGAGUUUUCCGUAGACCGGACACGUCACCUGAUGUCCUUCCUCACCAUGCUCGGGCCCAGCCCAGACUGGAAUGUGGGGCUGUCAGGAGAGGACCUCUGUACCAAGGAGUGUGGCUGGGUCCAGAGACUGGAGACGGACCUCAUCCCGUGGGAUGCAGGCACUGACAGUGGCGUCACAUAUGAGUCACCAAACAAGCCCACCGUUCCUCAGGAGAAGAUCCGACCUCUGACCAGUUUGGACCACCUCCAGAGCCCGUUCUAUGACCCAGAGGGCGGAGCAAUCACCCCUGUGGCCAGGGUAGUGGUGGAACGCAUUGCUAGAAAGGGGGAGCAAUGUAAUGUGGUCCCCGACACCAUAGAUGACAUAGUAGCAGAUAUCGGACAAGAGGAGAAGGAGACAGAUGACACACCUGAGACGUGCAUCUACUCAGGAUGGUCUCCCUGGUCAGCUUGUAGCAGCUCUACAUGUGAAAAAGGUCGCCGGAUGAGACAAAGGAUGCUGAAGGCCCAGCUGGAUCUCAGCGUGCCGUGUCCCCACACUCAAGAUUUCCAGCCCUGCAUGGGCCCAGGAUGCAGCAGAGAGGAGCCCUCGACGUGCAUGAUGUCAGAGUGGAUCAGCUGGUCGGCCUGCAGCGUGUCCUGCGGGAUGGGGAUGAGGUCUCGAGAGCGAUAUGUCAAACAGUAUCCCGAGGACGGCUCGCUCUGCCAGCUCAACACUGAGGAGACAGAGAAGUGUGUUGUCAACGAUGAAUGCUCACCCAGCAGCUGCGUGGUGACUGAGUGGGUGGAGUGGGAUCCCUGCAGCGUCACCUGCGGGAUAGGCAUGAGAAGAAGGGAGCGUAUGGUAAAGAUGCCCCCUAUAGAUGGAUCCAUGUGUAAGACCGAGGUAGCUGAAGUGGAGAAAUGCAUGAUGCCAGAAUGCCAUACCAUCCCCUGCAUGCUGUCGCCUUGGUCGGAGUGGAGUGAGUGUAGUGUCACAUGUGGACGGGGGAUCCGAACACGGCAGAGGAUGCUGAAGUCUGAUCCUGCAGAGUGCACUGAAGAGCUGGAGCAGACAGAGAAGUGCAUGCUUCCUGAGUGUCCUGUCGACUGCAUGGUCUCAGAGUGGACAGAGUGGUCAGAGUGCAACAAGACCUGUGGUAAAGGACACACCAUUCGGACCCGUAUGAUCAAAGUGGAGCCACAGUUUGGAGGCAGCUAUUGUCCUGAGACCAUCCAGAGGAAGAAGUGCAAGCUCCGGAAGUGUCGGCGAAAACCGAUUAAGGAGGAAGAGGUGCCAGGUUGCAGGAUGCAGCCGUGGUCUAGCUGGACAGAGUGCACCAAACCGUGCGGGGGAGGGAUCCAGGAGCGUUUCAGGGUGGCAAAGAAAAGAACAAAGUCCAAAGGCUGUAAGGACAGGAAGGAGAUCCGUGCCUGUAACGCUCGGGAAUGCUAGGGGGCACUGCUAAGCUACAGAGAGGCAGGGAGGUGUGCAGUGGAUUAAACAUGAAAAUCAGAAUUCAUUAAAAACAGUGGUGACAGAGAUUGAUUUUUUUUUUUUUAUGUAGCUGGGAGGAGACGUACAGGAUUAUUAUGGGUUAUUAUUGGAAAAAUCUGAGGAUUUAAGUAAGGAUUUAAGAAAGGGAAGGAAUAAGAAGAAUAAGACAUAAUGACAUGCUGUUUUAGUGACGAUUUUGUGGACAUUUAGUUAGCUGGGUUGAUUUAUUUUCCUUUUAGAGCAUAGUGGAAGUAUUAGAGAGAAAGCCUGUGUCCUGCAAAAAAAAAGAAGAAGAAAGAAACCUGACGCUAAAGUAACCGAAUACAUAUUUUGCAACAAACUUUAACUUUUUAGUUGGGUUUUGUUUACUCCUAGUAGGAAAGUAUUUUCUGUGUAUUUUCACCAAUAUCUCCCUGUCCUCUGCAGCACCUACAAAACAUUGAUUUAGCUACUAAAAAAUCAGGAGCUGAGCAUUUUAAUGAAAGCUGGAUACUUUUAAUGUACUGUUUAUGUAAAGGCUCUACUGGGGAGAAUUCAAAAUUAGCAUUAGCUAAGUGGAUUACAUGCUCUGUAUUGGAAAUAUGUUAACCUGCUUUGUCCCCAUUAAGAUGCCUCCUAUAACACUACCAGACAACUUUAAUCUGACCAUUAAAUGCCAAUAAUACUGUGAUACUACUUUACUUUGAUUUAGUGUUUCAUCCAGUGCUACUGUAAUAUUAAGAUUUCUUGCACAGGAAAAUAUUAGUUCAGUGAGAGCUAUUAUACUCAAAAGAAUAUUAAGUACAUCUGUACUAUAAGGUCAGACACAUGGUAACAGGAGGAGCAGGGUGGAGAGCACAAAGCAGCUUGUAGUGACAGUGGAGAAGCUGGAUGGAUGAAUGUAUAGAAGGGAAUCAGCCGGGAUUGUGACCGAGUGUGAAGUUGUGAUCUGUCUGGAGUAAUGCCAUGUUUAAUUAUUACUCUUAGUUUGUGUGGUAAAAGGAUGCAACUUCUACCUGGUUGGCUGAGGGAAAAUGAAAACUACAUAAAAGACAAUGAGAAAACGCACUGAGUGGCUCUGUUCAAAAAGCACAAAAUCCAUCUUCUAGUGUGUCUAGUUCAAUGACGCAUCACUCAUUAUGUAAAAUGUUUAGUGCACACCAGUUUCCACUGGGCUCUGUGAAGGGCUAUUUUUUGGACAUGUGCAGUCACUGUAAGGGUGACAGUGAAACAGCAAUUGCAUUGCAGAGCCAGGAUAAGUCUUCCCCUUGCUUUCAGACUUCAGGCUAAACAAACUAAGUUGGUUCUCACAAAUAUCAGAGGAUGAGUUUAUACAUCCAACACAAUUGGAUCAGUGUAAAAGAAGCCUGUUUCUCAAAAUGUUAAUGUGCUACUCCAGUGUUAUUGUUGUAUGAAAUAAACUUAACGUCAGAUAAUGGAAACAGAAACAUUUUUAGGAUGUAUUACCCACUGCUUUAAAAAUGAGCUUCGGUUCUAGUGAGAAAAAAAUCCCACGGAUUGAAUAAUUGACUGCAAACUAACUGUGAAAAUCUUCUUCUUCUUUUUUUUUGCAAGACAUAGAUGGUAACACAGAAGUCUCUAAAAAUCUGAGGAUAUACGUACAUUCACUAUCUAACCAACACAUAUAAAUGACACUGCUAUGUAAUUACUAAAAACCACUUUCCUUAUGAACAGACCAUUUCAGUGGAGAUGUUUUAUACUGUUAAAAUGAGUCUUUAUAUACUGUACUGCUGUUUAUCUGUCAUUUCAGCUGAUGUAGCAUCAAGCCUGCGACAGCUCUCAUUCUGUCAGAAGAGUUUAUUUUAGCAUGUUCAGAGAUGAUUAUGUUUUAUUUAGACAUCACGCUUUAUCAGCUGUAGUUGCGGUCGUAAAACACUAGCGAAAUGACUGUAUCUGCUUUGUUCAGACGGAGCCUUAGAAGUGUCUUAGACAUCUUACACAUCUGCUGGCUGUAAAAGGCAUAUGUACUGUAGAGGAUAUAGAAGUUUCUACAGUAUUCAAACCUGUAGGAUAGAUCAAUGUACAGCAGACUGUUACUGGGACCUUGGUUACAACACAUUUUUCCCAUGUAUUGUUUUUACUGCGCUUUGUGAAGAUAAAAUCGAUCUGUAAAAUCUUUUGGGGAUUUUUUUUUUUUUUUUUUUUUUUGCAUUACUUAGCAGAUUUUGUUGCAUUUUUUUUAUAAGAAUGUCAACACAAAGGUGUGUUUUCUGUAGAUGUUUUCUCUGAAGUCACUUUCUUUUAUUUACAGGGCUCUUUCUUUUGUUUCUUUAUGUCUGUACCAUGUGACUCUUUUGUAAGAAACCACCUUUACAAUAAAAAAAAUGGUAAAUGUGA